AACAACAACAACAGCAACAACAACAGUUUCAACAACAACAAAUGCAACAUCAAUUACAACUUCAACAACAACAACAGUUCUUACAACAACAACAACAUCAAGCUCAAAAUCAAGGACAACAACCUCCUCAACAACUUCUUAAUCAACAACAACAACUUCAACUCCAACAACAACAAUAUUACCAACGGCAACAACAAUUACAGCAACAACAACAACAAUUUCAACAACCCCAAGCUCCAGCGGUUAUAACUACUGGUGUUCCUCCAACUCCACAACAACAACAACAAUUGAUUCAACAACGGAUGUUACUUCAGCAACAACAAAUGGCAGCUAAUUCUGGUAAUGCUUCAACAGGAGCUGCCAAUGCAGUUACUCCUGGUGCACGUCAAAGUUCAAUAUCAUCGAAUUCAUCAGUAGUACCAGUAUCAAACAAUAAUAAAAUGUUACCUCCAAAUCCACUUGGUGCUCAACCUAAUCAAACACAACCACAAUCACAAGGUACGCCAAAUCAAGCUCAACAAUCAUCGAAGAAUAGUCUACAUCAAUAUCAACAACAGUUGAGAUUACAACAGAUGAAAUUACAAUUCCAACAACAACAACAGCAACAACAAUCUGGGGGUAAUAAUGGAGCUUCAGCUAAUACCGGUAAUAAUAAUGCAGGUCAAACUCUUCAAUCUCCUUUAUUAUCUAAUCGAUUAGGUCCUCAAUCUACAAAUGCCACUGGUAAUGAUAAUCUUAAUGCGGCUAAUAAUCAAGCGAUUAAUGAUUAUCAAUUAAGUUUAUUGAGGAUGGAGAAUCAAAAUGAUUUACAAAAGAAACAAUUCUUGAUGAAACAACAACCUCAAAUGUCACCAUCGAUGAAUAAUAGUAGUAUUAAUGCUAAUGGUGAACAACAAUUGAUAGGUAAUGCAAAUCAAGAUUUAAGAAGAGGAUCUAUUGAUCAAUUGGGUAUACAAGCUCAACAACACCGUCAACAGAUUAUGUUUCAAAUGUUACAAGCCAAACAGCAACAACAACAACAGCAGCAGCAGCAAGCUCAACAACAACAACAAGCACAGCAACAAGGGGUUAACAACAACCCUUCUGAUGCUGAUUUAAUGUUAAAUUUCGAUCCUUCAAAGGAUAUUCUUACGACACUUAAUGAUAAUUCAAAUGUAUCAGCUCAACAACAGAAUCAAUUCAAUAUGCAAUACCAAUUACAACAAGAACGAAUGAAAUUCAUUCAACAACAGAAUUUACACUUACAACAUCAAAACCAACAAAUACAAUCAAGUGGUUCUAAUAGUGGAACUAAUUCUAAUGUUAAUAGUAAUGGUAAUUCUCUUGAUUUAAGUGGUGGUGGUGGAUUGAACGUUAAUUCCAAUUUGAUUGCCGUUCCUCAGAAUAAGGAUGGUCAAUUACAAGUGGGAGGAAAUAAUCCAAACCAACCUAAUCAAUCAAGAGGAGGUGCAAAUAAUGGUGGUGAUUUGAAUCUUAAAGAUGAUAAUAGUGGAGGGGCCAUUGAAACCGAUUGGUUAAGUCUGAUGGGUUCUGGUCCUGGAUUUGUAUAAUUAUACGCAAUAAUACAGACAGCUUACAUAUUUAUAUAUAUAUAUAUAUAUAUAA